AAAUUGCAAAACAAAAAGUUUGUCAUAUGCGGUAAUUAAUUUUACUUGCUGGACUUGUGUGCUAUUUUUUACCAAAUGAAAACCAACCAAUGAUCAGCCUGCUUAUUUUGACGCGCUUCACUUCCUCGAAAAAAGGGAGGUGGAGCGUUGAGACAUAAUCAGGGGAAAAAAUAUGUUUUUGAGUAUUUAUCUUGAAGAACCGAUGUAUAUUACGACAAACGAGUAAUUCAAUGAUGAGUUGAAGGCUUGUAAAGGAGCCCACAAUUUUGAUAAUGAAGAGAAAAUCAGACCCUCCCCAGCUGUCAAAAAUGAAACGUCGCUGCAGAACAUCUUCUGAGAGGGAAAAACUGGAUCCUCAAGCGAUAGAAUGUAGUGCCAAAACAGACUUCAGUAACUCUGACAAACAGUCUCAUAAGAGACACCUGAGUUCUUUGCACAAUGAGAGCAGCUUUCUCAAUUUUUUAGAUGAAGACAGGCAGAAGCCUACUUCACUCUGUGAUCUGACAGUCUCUGUGAGUGGGAAGCAGUUCAGUGCCCACAAGGUUGUCCUUGCUUUUGGGAGCAGCUACUUCCACACCCGACUUUGCCAAAACCCUGAGACCAGCCAUAUCACCGUUGACCGCAUGGAUGACUCUGCCUUCCAGCAUUUGCUGUGUUUCCUGUACACAUCUGAGUUUGUGGUGUCAGACACUGAGAUCCCUUGCCUGGUGGAGGCAGCGCGUUUCUUGAACAUGCUGACUGCAGUGGAGCUGCUGACAGACCAUUAUGGCUCCACCACCACCACCACCAUCACAGAGUCUCCUGUACAGACAGACGUUGGAUCAGUCCAUGAUGACCUGGCUGAGGCUGCAGGACCACAGAGUCCUCCAGCAGGUGGCGCUAAAGCCCAGGGACCAGCGGCUGUCAGCUGUCUGCUCUGCAGCCGCACGUUUUGCUACAGGAAGUCUCUGGAGAAGCACAUGGCCAGGAGCCACACAGCCACGAGCCAGGGCGUCCAGGGUGAGGUAGCUAUAGAAACAGUAGCUGUGGUGACCACUAGGAGGUCUGCCCGGCAAAGGAAGACCCCAGCCAAGUUUGACAGUGUGACAACCGAGGGAAAGGCCAAUGAGCAAACACUGAACGGAAAAGGAGAGGAGGUGGGUGGUGGAGAAGGACAAGACGAUGAGGAUGAAGAGGGUGAAAAUGAAGAAGACAAUGAGCACGACACGGAAGAGGGAGCCCAGAGACUAGAAGUCGUGAAAGGACAAAACCCCACCCAAGCACAAGAGAAGUCCCAGGAGGAUGCAGAGAUGGUGAUUGUAGGGAAUCAGGAGAAGCCGACUGCUGAGAGCAGGCAGCUGGAGGGGAGCGACAGCGCGGCUACAAGCCAGGUGGAGGCAGACGCGGCCUCAGGGAUGCCACCCAGCCAUGAGGUGGUGGCGCACAGUCGGGCAGCUGGCUCGUCCACUCACACUUACCCAGAAGGCCUUGCUCCUCUGGUCAUACAAACCUCCAGCAGGAAAACCCUCCAGUGCCCCAAGUGUGACAAAACAUUUGACCGAAUAGGAAAGUAUGAAAGCCACACUCGUGUUCACACGGGAGAGAAGCCCUUUCAGUGUGAUAUCUGCCACCAGUGCUACUCUACUAAGUCCAAUCUCACCGUGCACAAGAAGAAGCAUGCUAACAAUGCUCCCUUCCAAAAGAAAGACCACAAGUGUCCCUUCUGCAACAAACUGCAUGCCAGCAAGAAGACGAUGGCAAAACAUGUCCGAAGGUUCCAUCCUGAUCACAUACAGGAGUUCAUGACCAUGAGGAAGAAGAAGAGUGAAGGCUGGAAAUGUGACAUAUGCCAUAAGUCUUUCACCCGAAGACCCCAUCUGGAAGAACACAUGAUCCUACACUCCCAAGACAGACCUUUCAAGUGUGCUUAUUGUGAUGACUACUUCAAGUCAAGGUUUGCCAGAUUGAAGCACCAGGAAAAAUACCAUUUAGGUCCAUUCCCAUGUGACAUCUGUGGGAGACAGUUCAAUGACACGGGGAAUAGGAAACGACACAUUGAAUGCACACAUGGUGGAAAGAGAAAAUGGACCUGCUACUUGUGUGGGAAAUCCGUAAGGGAGAGAACCACCUUGAGGGAGCAUUUGAGAAUCCACAGCGGAGAGAAACCGCACCUCUGCAGCAUAUGUGGGCAGAGUUUCAGACAUGGCAGCUCAUACAGACUUCAUCUCCGCGUUCACCACGACGACAAGCGCUAUGAGUGUGAUGAGUGUGGGAAAACGUUCAUCAGGCAUGAUCACCUGACCAAGCACAAGAAAAUACACUCCGGUGAGAAAGCCCACCAGUGUGAGGAGUGUGGCAAAUGCUUCAGGCGUCACGACCAUCUCACUGUCCAUUACAAGAGUGUCCACUUGGGGGAGAAAGUGUGGCAAAAGUACAAAACGGCAGUUCACCAGUGCGAAGUGUGCAAGAAAGAGUUCAAAGGAAAGUCCAGUUUGGAGAUGCAUUUCAGAACACACUCAGGAGAGAAGCCAUACCGGUGUCCUAUCUGUCAGCAGACCUUCCGCAUUAAGAAGACGCUAACCAAGCACAUGGUGAUCCACUCUGACGCAAGGCCUUUCAACUGCCCUCACUGCAGUGCCACAUUCAAGAGGAAGGACAAGCUGAAGUAUCAUGUGGACCACGUUCACAGCUCCAGACCUGCCGAGCAACCUCAGGCUGACCUACCAGGGGAGAAGAUCAUGCCCCCAUUGCCCUACUCAGAACCUACCAAGCCGUACCGGGCCGAGCACAAGGGUGUCCUGCAGAGUGUUUCGUCUGGCGACGUGUGCGUUCCUGUCACUCUGGUGCCAGUGCAGAUGUCGGAGAUCUCCGGGCAGACUGGUCUGGCAGUGCAGGGGGCACCUCAUGGGGUCCUGUCUCAGGGGCAACAGGCAACAACAGGGUACCAGCCGGCCACUGACCUGGUGUUUCUGGAGAAGUACACGCUCACGCCGCAGCCAACCAACAUCGUCCACCCAGUGCGCCCAGAUCAGAUGAUGGACCCACGGGAACAGUCUUAUCUGGGGACGCUUCUGGGGCUAGACUCUGCCACAGCUGUGCAAACCAUGCCCACCCCUGACCACAGUCACUAAACCCACUCUAACCAACAGAGUCUACACAUACUGCACACAACGCCAUUUCCCACAUGGUCCUGUAUAUUAGGCAACAGCAGGCACCUUAAAGGCACUCCAACAUUAAUUUCAGGACAUGAACAUUAACACAUUCAUUUCCAUGGAGCACAAGGAAGUGCAUGCCGUACAAAAUUAAACCAGGACGUUUUUAGCGGAUUUACCUUUUUCUGAAUGCCACUGCGUAAAAAUCAGUAGCCUAAAGCAACUUACUGAAACACCCAGGGCAGUUUUAAAUACUGUAGGCCUAUCACUUUCAUGGAAUUGAAUGGGAUCACCAAUCAUUCAAGAUAUCUAUUACUGCAGGUUGUGAUGUUUUAUACAGCCUAAUUGUUGGUCAUUGGUAAUGAAUCAAACAUACCGGUAAUGUAAAUUCAUUAUAUAAUUGGCCUUUAUACUGGGAAUUAUCAAUGAACACGGUAUCUAAACCUUCCUUUACAGAUAUUCGACUAAGUCUGUCCUUUUGACAAGAAACUGGUGGUUUGAAAUCAAUAUGCCAUAAUGUGCCCAUACACACUAAGAACAGCGGUACACACCAAGAGGAAGCAGCCAAGGCACUGCAGAGCCUCCCCGCCCUCAGUAUGAUCCUAUCCAACAGACUUCAUCCUCUCCAUAACUGCUGAUUGCUAAAAUAUCAAAUGACCAUGUAGGAGGACCAAGAUAUGGUGAGCAAUGUGAACAGAUACAGGUGCAUCUAAAAAAAAUAUGCAAUACACAUAGAAUGAAACAUUUAAAGGUUUUUUUUUAUUGUUGUUUUAACUGGGUUAUUUUAAUCUUGAUGAUGACUCAUUCAAAUCCAGAAUCUCAAAAUAUUUUAUAAUACAGAAAUGAGAAAAUAAUACUGAGAUGAGCUCUAAUCAGUUAAUUAAGUCAAAAUAAGGGCUUAGUUUUUAAUCUCCCUGGGCAGUACAGUGGACUCUAUUUUUUUUUAGAUACACCUGUAAAUACACACACAUGGGUGCCUGAUACAGCACCCUCUCCACCCCACCCAUGAGGAGAGGUUUUCCAACUGGACUAA